ACGACACUUUCUGGAGAAUUGACUGCUUCUCCUUUUCCUUUGCCCGAUCGCGUAGCUACAAGUGGGGAAGGGCCCUUCCGCUCUUUUUAAAAGAACAAGCACGCCCCGGUUUCUCUAGCUGUUGGAAUUACCAUUAUUAUCAUUAUUAUUAUCGCCUCUGUAAUUUCUUCCUCCCUUCCUCCCCAUUUGCUCUCCGGGUGUCAUGGAAAGGAGCUGCUGGGUAGGGCAACGCGUCUUCGUGGCUCUAUUUUGUGCCUGCAGUGUAGUCAUCCUAGGCAAGACAGAGAGGCAGUUUGUCAAUGAAUGGGCAGCAGAGAUCCCGGGAGGUCCAGAAGCUGCAAAGGCCAUAGCAGAGGAUCUGGAGUAUGAACUUCUGGGGCAGAUUGGAUCACUUGAAAAUCAUUAUCUAUUUAGACAUAAGAGCCAUCCUAAAAGGUCUCGAAGAAGUGCAACUCAUAUCACUAAAAGACUCUCAGAUGAUCAGCGUGUAUCUUGGGCAGAACAGCAGUAUGAAAAGAAGCGAAGUAAGCGGUCCGUGUUCAGAGACGCGGCAGAAAAACUUUUCAAUGACCCAAUGUGGAAUCAGCAAUGGUAUCUGCAAGACACAAGAAUAACUCCAUCUCUGCCAAAACUAGAUCUCCACGUUCUUCCUGUGUGGCAAAAGGGGAUUACAGGCAAAGGUGUUGUCGUAACCGUGCUUGAUGAUGGCUUGGAGUGGAAUCACACAGACAUUUCUCCUAACUAUGAUCCCGAGGCAAGUUACGAUUUCAAUGACAAUGAUCACGAUCCAUUUCCCAGAUAUGAUCCAACCAAUGAAAACAAACAUGGGACACGGUGCGCAGGUGAAAUCGCAAUGCAAGCAAACAACCUAAAAUGUGGAGUGGGAGUUGCGUACAAUUCCAAAGUUGGAGGCAUAAGAAUGCUGGAUGGAAUAGUCACAGAUGCCAUAGAAGCGAGCUCAAUUGGUUUCAGUCCAGACCACGUGGAUAUCUAUAGUGCCAGCUGGGGACCAAAUGAUGAUGGGAAAACUGUUGAAGGACCAGGGAGACUGGCGCAGAAGGCUUUUGAAUAUGGCAUCAAAAAGGGUCGAAAGGGGAAAGGCUCCAUUUUUGUCUGGGCUUCUGGAAAUGGUGGCCGCCAAGGAGAUAACUGUGACUGCGAUGGCUACACAGAUAGCAUCUACACUGUCUCCAUCAGCAGCGCCUCCCAGCAAGGCCAUUCUCCCUGGUAUGCAGAGAAGUGCUCUUCAACACUGGCCACAGCAUACAGCAGUGGGGAUUAUACUGACCAGAAAAUUGUAAGUGCUGAUCUUCAUGAUGAAUGUACCUCCACUCACACUGGGACCUCUGCCUCUGCUCCCCUGGCUGCGGGGAUUUUUGCUUUAGCCCUGGAAGCCAAUCCUAAUCUAACCUGGAGGGAUAUACAACAUUUGGUAGUCUGGACAUCUGAAUUCGAUCCAUUGGCAAACAAUCCAGGAUGGAAGAAGAAUGGUGCUGGGCUGAUGGUGAACAGCAGAUUUGGAUUUGGAUUACUCAAUGCUAAAGCACUGGUAGAUUUGGGUGACCCCAAAACCUGGAAAGGAGUCCCAGAAAAGAAAGAGUGUAUUGUUAAGGACAGCAGCUUUGAGCCAAGGUUGUUAAGAGCUAGUGGUGAAGUUACCAUUGAAAUUCCCACAACAGCUUGUGAAGGUCAAGAAAAUGUCAUUAAGUCCUUGGAGCAUGUCCAACUGGAAGCAACAAUUGAAUAUUCCCGCAGAGGUGAUCUUCAUGUGACCCUAACUUCUCCAGCAGGGACCAACACAGUCUUACUAGCUGAGCGGCAAAGAGAUAAGUCACCCAAUGGCUUUAAAGAUUGGGACUUUAUGUCAGUUCACACCUGGGGAGAGGAUCCAACAGGCACAUGGACUUUAAAAAUUGUUGACAUGUCUAGGAGAAUGCAAAAUGAAGGAAGAAUUGUGAACUGGAAACUGAUUUUGCAUGGCACGUCAACCCGACCUGAACAUAUGAAGCAACCGCGUGUCUAUACAUCCUAUAAUACUGUCCAGAAUGACAGAAGAGGCGUGGAAAGGAUGGCAGACUUCGUGGAGGACCACACCACACAAGACAACCUGAGUGAAAAAAACAGGGUGACAGAAAGUACCAGCAGCACUGAGAAAAAGAAGAAGACGGCUUCCUCAGAUGCAAUGCUCCGCCUGCUUCAAAAUGCAUUUCAUGGCCAGAUGGCUGGAAAUCCAGUGCCUAAGAAGAUGCUAAAUGAUAACUCAAAUAUCCCAUAUGAACAUUUCUAUGAAGCCCUUGAGAAACUAAACCGAGCCUCCCAGUUGAGAGACUCAGAGGAGUCUCUGUACAGUGACUAUGUCGAUCUUUUUUACACUUCUAAACCAUACAAACACAGAGAUGACAGACUACUGCAAGCUUUGGUUGAUAUUCUGAAUGAAGAUUAAAAGGUUUAGCAGGAAACACUAGCUUGGAAAUAUUCCCACACCCUAUCUCCAUGAUAUCCCUCAUUUCAGAAUUAACUCCCAUUUAUUCUGACAGAUUUGCAUGCCCACAACUUUUAUCGCUUUAUACUUAUUAGCUACUUAAAGAACAGGUGAAACAGAAAAGGUAGCUUGCUAGACAUGUGUUAAUUGUCACUUUAUUCAAAGCAUUCAAUGAUCCCCUGAGAAUAGGCAGCAUCUUUCAUGAAUUCCAGAAAUUUUCUUCUCCCACUUCUCCCAAAUUCCAAACAAAAAUUUUUGCUUGAUUUCAGUUACUCCUAUAACCUUUUCUAUGCACCCUCCUACAACAAUAGUAUACAUCUCUCAGGGUCUAAGCUAUACCUAAACAAAUAUAUAGACUAUUUCUUCCCAUGCACACACUUUUGGAAAUUAGAUAGAUCAUCUAUUCUUUAAAGAAAAGCACAAAGGGGGCAUUUCAGUAUGGUUAUUUGAAAGUUUGGUUCUAUCAGAAACACCCAGUCAGUUCAGAGUCAUUUCUCUUGAGAUCAAGAGGGACCAAAGCUAGAACUCGCAAACCACAGCCACAUUCCACAUAAAAGAAAAGCCAGCAAAUGUCUCCUUCCUAAUUUUUGUGAGAACUGUAUGUAUGUGUCUACUCAGAGGUAAGUCUCACUGAGUUGAGCAGGGCUUAAUCUAUGGUAUGUGUAGAGAGGACUGCAUGUCUGAAGAAGAAAUCAGCACAAAAUCUUACCAACCCCUUCUGUCCCAAAGUCCGACAUCUAGGCCCAUUUUCAUUCCCCUUUUGGAAUCACAUACACAUGUAGCCCUAUAAACAAAUUUCUCUGCAAGUCAAUCAGCUUCAACUGCUGUGAUGCAAUUUGUGAAGUAGUUUGUUCCAUUAAUUAGGAGAGCUCCAUCCUGCCCUCAAACCUGUCAUGGAUUUAUCCUGAUUAUACAAGCCUUCCUCAGACCUGCUGUCUAUGAACCUGUUGCAUGGUAACUCCCUGAACCUUCUAACCAGUUCUUCUGGCUAGAGAAUGAUGGGAGCUGCAGUCCAACACAUUUCAAGGACAUCAGGCUAGGGAAGGCCAGCAACACCAAUCUCGCUUUCAGAAGAGAGGACAAGAAGCUAUGGCAUCUGCAAUGCUGCCAUGUUUCGUGCACUGCCAUCACCUGGGAGGCAGGGUUAGGUCCCAGGGGAAAGGUACCUGCUGGGUCCUUUCAUUGCUUUUAGAACCUACUGCCCUGUUACAGCUUUCAAAGCAAUAAUUUUAGAAAAUGGAAAACCAUGCGGCAGAUUUUUCAGAUACUGCCUCCCCCACACUUUAAAUAUAACCAGGGAACCUAAAUGAUAAAGAUGGAGUAGAAGCCCAAUAUGGCAUCAUUUUCCAUGUCUUUCUCUGCAAAUGGCACAUUGGUCAACAUUUAUUUGAGAGGCUAAUGGCUGCUUAAAAGGGAAGGGGAAAUAAGAGAAAAGUCCAUGGAGGAUGAGAGUUUUUUGAAACAAAUGAAAAUGGAAGGCAGUGUCCCUUUCAAAGAAAGGUACUGAGAGUGACUGCUUGCUAUAGUAGAUGUGACAAUGCCUCUAAGGAACAUACACAUUUGAGCAUGAACCCUGUCAAAGACUGAAAAUAUUAAGGCAGCAGAAAAAGAGGAUGUGAUGACAAUAAACUGUAAGGCAACAAAAUGUCUCCAGGUCAGUGAACUGAAGAGCAGGAAAGACUGCAGAGAUAGAAUGUUGCAGGGAGAGAGUUGUGGCAGAAAGCAUCACUCCCACAGCAUCCAACUGCCAGGGGUGUGGUGACUGUCUGGGGAAAUGUCAGAUAGUCAGUAUGUUCAAAAGAAACCUCGGUGUAUCGAAUGGCUCUCCACUUUUUCCCUGUAUGCACAUGUUUGUAGAGAUGAAGGUUGCAAUUUACUCUCUUGAAUAUGUAAAUCCCAAAUGAGAAGACACUGUUGAGUCAACAGUGAAAAUUGGAGCAACAUGGAGCAAAUGAAUGCAUUUAGAUUCAUUUAAAUGAUAUAAAUCCAGCACAUACUAGCUAGUAGAAUAAACAGAGAUGAUAAAUUCUUCUCCCUCCCUCCCCCAAUCAAUAUCUAUUUCAUUUCAAAUCAUAUGGUAGACCAAUCAACUGCUAUGUAUGUACUAAAUUUGCUUUUAAAAGAAAUCAGUUGGAUUUUAAUAUGGACAAAGGUAGUGUGAAAGUGUUUUACCUCCUAGGUUCUGACCACACCAACUGAGUGCUGAGGCAUGUUUGUUUUCCUUUUAAAGGAGGAAAAUACCAUAUUUUUCGCUCUAUAAGACGCAC